GAGUGAGUGAGCCCAGUAAUGGACACACUCUCGAACGGUAGCUCAAAGAUUACUUUGGGAAGUAACAAGCCUAUUUCCGAGGGUUGCAGAUGAUAUUCGAAAUAAGAGAUAGAUCAGAUAUCAAUCAGGUUCACCUGGUAACGAAAAGAUCCAGAGAAAAUGUAAAACAUGGAGGAUUUCAGAAGAUGAUACAAGAAUUCAAAGCUUUUAGUAUAGGAUUUAGGAAUGAAGGUUGGAGGAAUUACCUAGGAACCCUUUGAGGACAGAUCUGUCAGAUCAAUAUAAAUAUAUUCAAACAAGCUUUAGUGAUGUCUUUGGGUGAUGUCGACAACAUUAGGGUCACCUUUUGGGAAACCACUGCAUACCACUGUGCACUGCUCAGCAGCAGCACCACCAGUAAAUCGGUUCAAAUACAAGGAGAAAAAAAGGGGGAUACAAGAACAAAUAUAAGCAAAAACCCCGAUUUGGGCGUUGCGAGCAAGUAUCUCUCUCCGAGUGGAAUAUCUCUCUCCCGGUUCUGUGGAUGUAUGUACGUACAUAGUUAUGCCAGCGAUAUCUGCAGGGCCCGCACACACGGACACCGGACAUGGCCACAAACGCGGACGCGGAAUGCUUUAUCGCAGUCCCAUUCCCAGUCUCUGUAGCUGUCGAUGUCGAUGUUCUUGUGUACACUUAUUGAUAUUUGUUUAACUCAGUUAUUUCCCUCUCCGGCCGCUGUCCGCUCUCCUGUGUCCCUCGUUGCGCCACUCCAGCUGUCCCAGUCCCAGUGCCAGUCCCAGUGCCAGUGCCAGUCCCAGCGAUACUCCCCGUUCCCGCCCCACUCCCAGUUGCAGUCUUCGUCCGUGUGUGUAUGUGGAUCAUCGUGCAGCAAGAGCUUCUGGCCGGGGUCCCUUUCAUUGGCAGUACGAUAUCGUCAGUGGGUACCAUUCGACGUGGAACCGUUGGAUCCGCAUCGAACGCAUCGCAAUCAUCGAAUGCCGAUCGCCAGCUUCGUGUCGCGUCGCCUGUGCUAGAGCGAGAGCUUUCACUGCCAGUGCCAGUGUCAGUGUCAGAGCGGGCAGGCAAGAGCGCAUGCGCAUCUGCAUUGGUCAUAGCAACGGACAGGGGACAAGCGGACACUCUGACAGCCAAGACCGGACAGAUUGUUUUAGCUGAUUGCGAGAGGCAGCGUUUUUAUGGCUUAUUGAAAUCGGCAAACGGCAGUCAAAACGCGCGCGCUCCGCAGCCCACAACUCGGAGACCUCCACUCGACACCGUAACCGUAAACCGUAAACCGUAAACCGUACACCGUCGACCGUAAAUCCAGACUCUUUCGGAACCGAUAGAGAGAGAAAAAUGUAGCUCUCGAUCAAGUGCAAUUGAAAAAUAAUAAUAAAUCAAAGUUCGCGCCACAGCUUAAUGGUUCGACGAGUACACACAAAUUAUAAAGUGAUCGUGCAUUAAAAACCGAUCGACAACUAUAGCCACUCCACUCUAUAUCACAGCACAUCAGCAUUCCCCAACCCCAAGCCCAGCCACAUCAGCUGUCAUCGCGGAGUGCAAAUAAUUAACCGUCUGUCGCGAGCUUAAAAAUUAAUUCAAUAAAUGUGCCACUAAAAUCGCGCGCUCCGGCCACCCACCUCUGACAAUCCCCAAUUUGUAAUUAUUUCAUCGCAAUCUUUUUGUUUCUGUUUUCGUUCGGUUGAGUUCUGGUUCUGUCCCGAUUCCUUAUCCUGGCGGCAGGCAGCACGCGAGAGCCCUAAUUAUGAGCAAUUAUAAUCCGAAUUGCGGUUACUUCGAGGAUUACAGCUACAGCUACACGAACAAUGUGUACCAACAGGAUUAUUGCAUGCAGCCGGAUUACGAGUAUAACAAGCAUGUCUACGAUUUGUUUGAUGCCAAGGUGCCAUCGUCGCAGCGCUCCGGCUUCCACAUAUCGGACAUCCUCAACUUGGACGGAUCCGAUCUGAAGAAUGCCGCCGCCGCAGCUGCCGCCGCUGCCGCUGCCCAGCACAGCAGCGAACUGAGCCACGCAGCGGAAGCUAGCAAUGGCCAUGGACCAGCAACGCUCUCGCCGACGCCCACCAGUGCGGCGGCGCUGGAGGAGCAUGGUGCUGGUGCCGGACAUGGCGACCACCACACUACAGAGCACAACCCGCAGCAGCCGCACCUCCCGCCGCAGCAUCCGCAUCACCUCCAGCCGCAUCCGCAGCACCACCAGCAACAGCAUCCGCAUCCGCAUCCACCACACCACCAUCAGACGGUAGUCCCCCCCGUGCCCCUGUCGCACCACCAGGGCAGUACUGCUGCCGGCGGUGCAGGCGGAGGACCCGCCCAUGCCCACGCCGCCGCCCACCUGCUGGCCAGUCACAAUGCGGCAGCCGCCGCCGCAGUUGCUGCCGGGCAGUAUCUUCCCAAGAAUUUCGCUGGCACCUUCGGGGACGAGAUGUCCUCCUACCACCACAUGGCCCAAACCAUGCUCCAACAUUCGGGACGCAGUGCGUGGAUCAAAGAAAACGAAUUAUACGGCACCCAGCAGCCGGCCAGUCCUGAUAGCACCUCGCCGGUUACAUCGGAGGUGUCCUACACCUACAUCGGUUCCAAUUGCCAAACCUCGCCCGCCCUCUCCGGCGACUACAAGAGCUACAGUCGGUCGGCAGACAGUGAUGCCCUGUCGGUGGGCGAUGCCCUGCACACCAUCCACGGCGGCGCUCCUUCUGGAGGACCCUCUGCGGCACAUGCCCUACACAACAACAACAACAAUAGCACCAGCAACAACAACAACCACAGCCUAAAGCACGACCCCAUCAAUGGGGGUGGAGGUGGAGGAGCGAGCAGCGGGCAUGAUGACAGCCUCAACGAGGAUGGCAUCGAGGAGGACAUCGACGAUGUGGACGAUGCGGAUGGCAGCGGUGGAGGCGGCAGUGGCGGCCUCAAUAGCGACGGUCUGCCCAACAAGAAGCGGAAGCGCCGAGUACUCUUCACCAAGGCACAGACCUACGAACUGGAGCGACGAUUCCGACAGCAGCGCUACCUUAGCGCCCCGGAGCGCGAGCACCUGGCCAGCCUCAUCCGUCUGACGCCGACGCAGGUGAAGAUCUGGUUCCAGAAUCAUCGCUACAAGACGAAGCGUGCCCAGAACGAAAAGGGAUAUGAGCAUCCGGGCCUGCUCCAUGGCCACGCCACCCACCCGCACCAUCCGUCGGCCUUGCCCUCGCCAAGGCGCGUCGCCGUGCCCGUGCUAGUACGCAAUGGAAAGCCGUGCCUAGGUGACGGCUCCAAAAUGGCGCCCGACUGCGUCUCGGUAAGCUCAGCCACGGCCACGGCCAUGCAGAAUGCGGCUGCCGCCCACCACCUGGUGGCGUUGAAUGGGGCCGCCUAUCAGCAUGCGGCUGCCGCUGCCGCCGCAGGACUCCAUGCUCAUGCCCAUGCCCACGCCCAGGCCCAUGCCCACGUCCAUCCACAUGCGCACGCGCAGCGCGCCGCCUGGUGGCCCUAAUACUGCUAGAUAGGGAGACGGCGUGGUAUCGGGGGGCAUGGACACUCGAAUAGUCGACAAGGAAGCGGCAGCGGUAGCGCUGGAGUUUGAGCUGGAGCUGGAGCUGGGAAUUCGAACAAAACUUUGGUGCAAUAAUGGAACAUGACAUUUUCACAGCCGGCUCGCCAGGCCCCCAAAAAAUAUGCGAAAAAGCAACAGGGAACCGAAUGGGAAUGGGAAAGAGAAUGAAAAGGAGAAACAGCCAAAAACUAAAUAUGUGGACAAGGUAGAGCAUAGUCAAAGUAGAAGCCUCUGUCUAUCCUGUACAUAAGUCAGACAAAGGAAGAAAAUAUAAAAAACAAAACAAAAAAAACUAAGAAAUAGCUAGACGAGUUCUUAAAGCGGAUAUCAUAAGUGUAAAAUAUAAUAAGUCCCCAAAGCCCCGUAUAGCUUAAAAGCUCUAGGGCCCCCACUUAGUCAUAGAUUUUCUAAACCUCUACCGAUAACCAUUCCCAACCAAUAUUUACAUAAUUAAAUAACCAUAUAAACAUUUUUUUUUUGCACUAAAGUUGAUAAUACUUAUAAAACUAGAAGUAGAAAAUCUUUUUUUUUGUUUGCCUAAGUCUUUAGAAUAAUAAUAAAUCCAAUCCCCAAUGGAAACCCUGUAAAUAUACUAAAUGAAUAACCUAUAAACUGAGUAGGAGGUCUAAUAAAUAUAUGUAUAUCCCAGAUCGCAAUGCAAAUAAAUCAUAUGUCUGUACUAUAUAAUACCUAAAGCAUAAUUAGUGUUCAAUUUUUUUGUAGCAAGAAUUUAAAGAUAUGUAUGCAUAUGUACAUUUAUAUAUUAUAUAUAGGCACUUAGUCGUAACCGAUAUUUUUUUCAUAUGCGUGUGAGUGUAUAGCGAGUAAUGGAAAAACUCUUUGAAUUUAUAGCGAGUAAUGAGUUCAUAAAUGUUAGCAAGAACCCAGACAAAGACAGAUUGGAAAAAAACGAACACAUCUAUACGAACACGGACGGACACGGAGACCGGGACAAGUAAAAUGUAUUCGACACAGGAGCAAAGCGAAGCAACCAAAAAAGCUGCAACAUACAUUUUACAGAUAUAAUAAAACCAUUUACAACAAUUUAAA